UGAAACUACUUAAUGGUUAUAUCACGUACCUGGUGAUGGAGGCCAAUGGAGAGAGGACUUCUCUUGUGGCUAAGUUCUGGACUCCCCUUAGAGUAAGACAGCAGGAGUCAGGUCCAAAGUUGCACAAGUUGCCUGUAGGAGUGCUGGUUGGUAGUCCACUCAGAAGCACAGCUGGUGCACGGGGAUAGGUCUGCAGACAAGAGGCUCCUGUGCGUGGUAUGCAAGCCUUUCCGGGAUUUAGAUGUUUACUUGGUAGCCGAGCCAAGCCGAGGUCAGAUCAAGGGUAAAGCAGAGUAGACAGGUCCAGGAGCAAGCUGUG